CAUUAUCGCGGUGACACGUGGUUACAAAACAAUAUUGUAAUUUUCUCAAUUAAUAUACAAAGGAUUGACAAAUGUAUUAUCUUAGUUAAAAUUUUUUUUGUUGUGUAACUUUAUAUGCUUACAUAUAUUUUGACCAAAAACAAACACUAGACGACUGGUUGUUUCGAUUGUAAUUAUGUAAGAUCUUGUCAGUAAGCAGUUGAAAGACAAAAAAAGGAAUAUGAAUGGGGGCGGGUCACAUGUAAACUGCAAUGAUGGUUACCACGAGGCUACAUAACCUAACUAAAGCACACAUUAUUAGAUACUGAACCUUUUUUUGAUAAAAAUAGUAUACUCUCCAACUUAACGUAGACUUGAGGUCUAGAAUUCGCAGACGAAAGCAACAUAUUUAAUAUAUCGAAAAUAUCGCAAUACCCUUAACUAACCUCUAUAGACUAUAGGCUUCUCAUAUAAUGGCCAAUGAUUGAACAAAUGCCAAUAUCUAAGUUUCCAGCUUAAAGUAAUGGAGAAUUUGUGUAAGUAGCAGGAAUCGCUAAGGCGUUAAACGUCAAAGAAAAUCUACCAACUAUGAAACUACAAAGUCUAAUGAAAUAUGUUGAACACUUGUGCCAUAACCCAUAAGGCGAUCAUAUCAAGAAAAGUUAUUUUUAUCAUCUAAAGGACUCAAAUAUAUCCUCUAUUAUUAGGCAUUUUCUUGAUCACUUUGAGUUAGAUCUAAUCUUAAACUUGUUUAGUAUAGUAUAAUAAUAUGAGAUGGAAAUAGAAUAUUUUCCAAAAGGUUAACCUCUCUCCUACUCACACAUAGGCCUCUUAAUGAUGCUCAUAAUCAUUGCCUCUUUCAAUGAUUAAAAUCUCUUUGAUUCCAAGCUUUACACAUCAUCCAUGAUCACUCAGUCACUUCUCCUAUUUAUAAAUCCAUGCUCAAGAACUUGCAUACUCAGAAACCCAAAGCUGAAUAGUAAAUCAAAUCAGAAAGACAAAGAAAAAGGAAGAAAGUAUGGUAAGAAGAAACGCAGUUCAUGCCACUUCAAGUCUUCCGUCUAGGCUUUGGUGGCCGCAGCAACGGAGGAAAGGAAAAAGGGCCGUCGUGAGAUUAGGAAACCGGCGACGAGGAUUCUUUGUGGGACAACCGCGGACGGUGGUGCAGAGAUGGAGGAUGAACAUCGGAAAACCAAUGAAAAUAAUGAGAAAUAUCAUUUUGGGAAUGAUCUCAAAUGGUGGAAAUGUUAAGUUCUUUGAUGCUUAUCUUUGGUCUUUACCGAUUUUACGUCCUCAGUUGUUUCCACUAUGCUGAUCAUUUGCUACACAGAGUUCUAACUGUAAAACUGUAAUAUUUUUCUUGUUUUAUCUUUCACCCCACUUUUGUAUUAAUCUAAAUAAUUGUCUUUAUAAUAAAGUUUUUUGUGCCAAAUAUAAGAAGGUAUAAUAAAGUUUUCAUUUCAUGCUAGGACUUUUCUUUGUCAAACGGGUGGAAGCUUAUGAAAAAGGAUUUGAUUUUUUUUUCGAAACACAAAAAAGGAAUUGCAGACAAUCAUUGUCUUUUUCAGUCUUGCACUAACUUUUUUUAGUUGCAAACAUGCGAGUUCUACUCCUACACAUGCAAGCAUGAUAUAUGUUAGUCGACUUCUACUUCUACACAUGCAAGCAUCAUAUAUAUAAGUCUGAAAGUUUCUUCAGUCUAAUUAAAAACAGAAACAAAUCGUGAUUUUCAAGUAAACGUAUUACAAAACUUUGAUAAUAAAUAACGUAUUACAAAACUUUGAUAAUAAAAGGUAGAGAAUUAGUUACACGGAGGAAAAUUGGCAGAACAUUUUCCAGGUAACUGAAGUGACAGAGUGCGGUCAACACCAGAGAUAGGUGGUCCCUUGGAAAGAGCACAUAGACAAGGUUGACCAAGCCUCUUGAUGGCAGCGCAACAUAGCCCGUUGGGAGACAAUGUGCUAAACGGCGCGACUGAUGGUCUACACGGCACGAGUUGAA